AUGACUUCUGAACAAGUUUUAGAUAGCGGUGAUUUAGAUAAUUUAAAGGUUGAAUAUAUUAUAUAUGUUUCUUUUUAUAAAGAAGGAGUUCCGGAAAGUCAAGUGGAAAAUUCAGACUCUUUAUUUAAUGAACUACAAAAUUCUUUUGGAGAUAGAAAAAUAGAAGAUCCGGAAACUUCUUCCAAUACUUCGAAUGAAUUUACUCCUUCCGAAAUAGAAGGGAUAGAGGUUUGGGAUGAAAAAAUAACCAAUUAUGAAACCAAGAUCAGAGAUCUAAUAUCUUUAGAAAUCGAACUUUGGAAAAAGGUUUUUGAGGCGAGGAUGGAAAUUUAUCGAAAUAGAGAUAAAAAAAUUAUUAGAAAACCAAAAAGGGGAAGAGUCAAAAUGCUUAGUCGGUCAACCAAGUUAAGCAAUAAACCUUUAAUAGAAACAAACGAGGAAACAAAUUUAACCGAAACUCCCCCUCGACCUCUUAUCCCUAACCCAUUUUAUUAUUUAAAAAAACAUUGGGGCAAGGCAAUUGCUUUCAGUCUAGGAUAUUUAGCUAAUCAACCAACUUGUUCAGUCCAUGACUUACAAUCAACUAAUUCUACUAAUCAAUUAGCACCAAAUAACAGUGAUUUAAUUAACUUUAAUUCUACUUGUUCUUGUCAAGAGACAGUUUUAGAAACUUCUCCCAUUCUUAAACAAACCGAAGAACAAAUACUUAGUUACAAAGGAAGCAAAUCCAAAAAUAUCCAUAAGAAAAGUAAUCCUAAACGACCCAGUGUUACCCUUGCUAAAUAUAAAGAGUUAGAACAGAAACAUAAUGCUACUUUGACCCAGUUAGAGAAAACUGAAUUAGCCCGAGAUAAAUUAAAUACUACUUUGACUGAAAAAGAUUUAUUAAUCGCCAUUCCUCAAACCAACUUAACUACUUUGGAACUGGAACGCGAUAAAGUUGUUAGAGAAAGAGAUAAUCGCCCUAAUAUUACCUUGACAGAAUAUGAUAAUUUAGUCAAGCAAAUCAAUAAUUUAACUACUGAAUAUGAUGAUUAUCGCAAAAUCUAUAAAUUUAACGAAACUGAUUUACAAAAUGCUCUCCAAGCAAACGACCAAUAUUUAGACUCUAUUACUAAUAAAGAGGAUAAAAUUAAAGCAUUAACUAUUAAGUUAGAAAAUAAAGAAUCAGAUUAUAAAAAGAAUGUCACUGAAUUAGAUAAUACUGCUAAUGAAUGA